GAGGGCUCGGGUUCCGGUUCUCACAACGCAACAAAUGCAUCGAUCCCUCCUUUCCACUUUCUAAUAAAACAGCCGCAUCCUCUCUUCCCCCUCUCCCAUCCCCACCGUCUCCAUCUCCUCGCCUCGCCUCGCCGCGCCUCAAUCUGAAUCAAACCCAUAAUUUAAAGGUUCCUCUCUGGUAAAUGUUGGCUAUUAUUUGAAGUGCUUGAAGUAAUACGAACCACUAAAGAUUGUUCAAUGGGCACAGACAAGCAGUCUAGUAGUCCAUUGUUGGAUACCCUCAAAAUGGAGAGGGUUACGACGAUCUUGACCCAUACAUACCCUUAUCCACAUGAGCAUUCAAGACAUAUUAUGAUGGCUGUAGUAGCGGGAUGCCUGUUUUUUAUCUCAUCUGAUAACAUACAUACCCUCAUACAGAAACUGGACAAUAAUAUUAAAUGGUGGUCCAUGUAUAUAUGCUUGAUUGGAUUUUUCUAUUUCUUUUCAUCCCCAUUUAUUGGGAAGACUUUCAAGCCAAGUUAUUCAAACUUCAACCGCUGGUAUGUUGCUUGGAUCUUUGUAGCAGCUCUGUAUCAUCUUCCCAGUUUUCAAUCUAUGGGGGUCGAUAUGAGGAUGAAUCUUUCUUUAUUUCUUACAAUAUAUGUUUCAUCUGUCCUUUUUCUCAUAGUGUUCCAUAUUAUAUUUCUUGGCCUCUGGUAUGUUGGUCUUGUUGCUCGUGCAGCAGGAAAGAGACCAGAAAUUUUGACCAUUAUCCAAAAUUGUGCAGUCACAAGUAUUGCAUGCUGUGUAUUUUAUAGUCACUGUGGCAAUCGUGCUUUUCAAAGAGGCAAAUCUUUUGAGCGUCGAAAUUCUAGUUCAGAUUCCUUUCCAUUUUGGGAUAACGAAGAUGGAAACACUUGGAUAUCAAAGUUUCUCCGCAUGUAUGAAUUGAAAGAUCAAAUCUGCUCAUCUUGGUUUGCUCCAGUUGGUUCUGCCAGUGAUUACCCUCUUUUGUCUAAGUGGGUCAUUUAUGGAGAGUUAGUUUGCAGUGGAUCAUGUGCUGGGCCUUCAGAUGAGAUAUCCCCCAUAUAUUCAUUAUGGGCAACAUUUAUCGGUCUUUAUAUCGCUAAUUAUGUUGUUGAGCGAUCAUCUGGAUGGGCUCUAACUCACCCAUCAUCGGUACCAGAAUAUGAAAGGUUGAAGAAACAGAUGAAACCUGAUUUCUUGGAUAUGGUUCCUUGGUACUCAGGGACAUCAGCUGAUUUAUUCAAGACAGUAUUUGAUCUGUUGGUAUCUGUGACCCUUUUUGUUGGUCGAUUUGAUAUGCGCAUGAUGCAGGCUGCAAUGAACAAGGCUCCAGAUGAAGCUAAAAGUGGUGAUCUAUUGUACGAUCAGUUUAGUGAAAGAGACAAUCUCUGGUUUGAUUUCAUUGCAGACACUGGUGAUGGUGGAAACCCAUCCUAUGCAGUGGCUCGUUUACUGGCCCAGCCUUCAAUUCAACUUCAAGUUAGUGAUUCCAUGCGUACACUUCCACGUGGAGAUUUGCUUCUUAUUGGAGGGGAUCUUGCGUACCCUAACCCUUCUGCAUUUACAUAUGAGAGGCGUCUUUUCUGUCCGUUUGAGUAUGCGCUGCAGCCUCCACCUUGGUAUAGUGCUGAACAGAUAACAAUAGACAAGCCAGAUGUUCCUUGUGGAGUGCCAGAACUGAAACAAUAUGAUGGACCUCAGUGUUUCAUAAUUCCUGGAAACCAUGACUGGUUUGAUGGUCUGCAUACUUUUAUGAGGUGCAUAUGUCAUAAGAGCUGGUUGGGUGGGUGGUUUCUGCCUCAGAAGAAGAGUUACUUUGCCUUGCAACUUCCCAAGGGAUGGUGGAUAUUUGGUCUUGAUCUGGCUCUUCAUGGUGAUAUAGAUGUAUACCAAUUCAAGUUUUUUGCAGAGCUAUGUCAAUACAAGAUUGGUUCAAAUGACAAUGUCAUUGUGAUGACACAUGAACCCAAUUGGCUUCUGGAUUGGUACUGGAAUGAGAUCACUGGGAAAAAUGUCUCUCACCUGAUAUGCGAUUACCUGAAGGGAAGAUGUAGACUCCGAAUGGCAGGAGACUUGCAUCACUAUAUGCACCAUUCUGCUGUUCCAUCAGAAAAGCCUGUUUAUGUACAACACCUUCUUGUCAAUGGUUGUGGUGGGGCCUUUGUGCAUCCUACUCAUGUCUUUAGAAAUUUCAGCAAAUUUUAUGGAAAAAUUUAUGAGAGCAAGGCUACUUACCCAUCUUAUGAUGAUUCUAGUAGGAUUGCAUUGGGCAACAUUUUAAAAUUCCGCAAGAAGAACUGGCAGUUUGAUAUUAUUGGUGGUGUCAUCUACUUUAUAUUGGUCUUUUCUAUGUUCCCGCAGUGUAACCUUGUCCACAUAUUGCACAAGGAUUCUUGGUCUGGUCGCUUAAAAUCCUUUUUCAGUACAAUGUGGAGUGCUUUUAUUUACAUGUUGGAACACUCAUACGUGUCUUCAGCAGGAAGUCUAGUAUUGAUGAUGGCAUCAUAUUCAUUUGUUCCUUCAAAAUUGUCCAAAAAGAAGCGUGCUAUUAUAGGGGUUCUUCAUGUUAUUGCACAUACGACUGCAGCCCUUAUCCUAAUGUUGCUGUUAGAGUUGGGGAUUGAGAUAUGUAUUCGCAAUCAUCUUCUAGCAACUUCAGGUUACCAUACACUCUAUGAAUGGUACCGAUCUAUGGAAAGUGAGCACUUCCCAGAUCCAACUGGACUCCGUGUUCGCAUGGAACGAUGGACAUUUGGACUCUAUCCUGCAUGCAUAAAGUACCUCAUGUCCGCCUUCGAUGUUCCAGAGGUCAUGGCUGUUGCUAGAAGUAACAUCUGCAAGAAAGGAAUGGAGUCCCUUUCUCGUGGCGGUGCUAUCAUCUACUAUGCUUCUGUCUUCCUUUAUUUCUGGGUUUUCUCAACACCUGUCGUAUCUUUGAUUUUUGGGAGCUACCUAUACAUAUCCAUCAAUUGGUUUCACAUACACUUUGAUGAAGCCUUCUCUUCACUCCGCAUUGCAAAUUACAAAGCAUUUACCCGUUUCCAUAUCACUGUGAAUGGUGAUCUUGAAGUCUUCACCCUUGCAAUUGACAAGGUUCCUAAGAAGUGGAAGCUGGAUCCUGAAUGGGAUGCUGAACCAAAACAGCCUCAGCAGCUGAGCCAUCGUAGGAGGUUCCCUAGCAAAUGGAAGGCUGCUUCCGGUCCUGACCCUGUCAACUCGGUACGGAUUGUUGAUCAUUUUGUGAUUCAAAGAUCUCAUACAGACCUCACUCUGGAAGUCAGUGGUUGAUCGAUCAUAUUACAUUUGUUAUUUGUUGAUUGCUCAAUUCUCAGUCCCUUUGGAAUCUGUACAGUAGUUCAACUAUCUCAUCAUUCAGAAGUAGAUAGAAGGGAAAUGGAAAUUUAAUCAAAGCGACAUUUCCAGAUCAGCGUUUCCCACUUUGACAUUUUGUUCUAUGGAGUAUGAACGAAUAAUUGGCUUAGCAAAGUCUGGAAUUCCUCCUAAGUUACCGCACUAUAAGCUUUUAAGGGCUCAAAAACAAUGGCAUAAUCUUUUAUGCCAUAAUCCAGGAAGUAACCAUGAGCCGGUCGAUACUCUGCCUAGACAUUUUUUUUACUUGAUCAUUCUUUUGAGGUUGAUUGUAUUGUGUUUUUGUGGGAUAUGUUUGCGGGGAAAUAUUGGUUGUGUUCUCAUUGUGUGAAAAAUUGGUCAGAGCGGGGGCAUUUUUUUUUAUGAGCUCAAAGAUGCGACUUGCCUUGCUGCUUAAAUGAUCAGUGAAUUGAAUUGAGAAAUAUGGUUGGAGCACUGCCACGGUCAGCAA